GAUACCUCCUCCCAACCAGAAAUGGUAUUGCCUCAAAACCAUUCCUGUUCCAACGUCUACCGUACCAUUACAGCAGCUCCUCAUUCCUGUGUUUAAGAGGGCGGAGAGGAAGCAAGCCGGCAGGACUGCAUCAUUAUCUCAGGUAAACAUGGAUGUUCCCCUCUUAUUUCUUGCUUCCCUUUCGGCAUGCUUUGUGUUUGUAUUUGGUUAUCCGAAUGGACAAAUAUCUGACUCCUGUUAUACAAUGCUUCCAGUACAUGGCAACAACGUUCCACAGACCAGUGCAGCUCCUUACUAUAUCUCUGUGUCUAAAAAUACAUUUAAUCCUGGAGAUGUAAUUACAGUUUCAAUCCAGUCCAAUAGUUCUGGCACUUCAUUCAAAGGAUUCAUCGUAGAGGCCCGAACAUUGGGAAGUGACAGAAUCGUGGGGUCAUUUACCUUGACAAAUGCACUUAGUCGUACACUGACUUGUGGCACAGCAAACUCAGCAGUCAGUCACUCAGACAGCAGUUUGAAGACAUCAAUCACCACAAACUGGACAGCAGAAACUGGACUAGGGCCAAUACGCUUCAGAGCUACUGUCCUGAACGACUAUACUAGUUUCUGGUAUGGAGUGCAGAGUGAAAUUCUUACAGCAUUGCAGAUUUCUAAUGACACCUGUGGUACAGAUAAAUUCUGCCUCAGUAAUCCAGCAAGCUGCAGCCCUUCUGACUCCAACUGUUUGUUCAUGUCAUCAGUUGCCUACAAUGGUGGUUACGUGUUUGAAAUGAGUGGUCAAAGCGCCGGCUAUCUAGCAAUUGGAUUUUCUGAUGAUACAUCGAUGGGAAAUGACGAUGUUUAUAUAUGUACCACGAAUUCAACUGGAAGCAUAUUCGUUCAACACGCCUUUAACACAGGAAAAACCACACCAACCAUUCUUAAUAAAAACACAGCCGGAUACAUUAUGACGCGAAAUGCAAAUGGAGUUUUUCAGUGUUCCUUUAUUACUCAGUCCAGUAUUUCGACCACUAUUUCUACCUUUACAAGAGCUACCACUAAUCCCACCUAUUACAUAUUCCUGGCCACAGGAGCAUCUGCUUCAGAUGGUCUAAUUCAAAAACAUACACAAAAACCUCUUGUAUCAGCCACCAAAGUUGACCUUUCCAGUUUUACUUUAACCAGUGUACAGACUGGAGCACCUUCUUUAACUCUUGGCCAUGGUGCCCUAAUGCUAAUUGCCUGGAUGACGACUGGAAGUAUCGGGAUGCUUAUGGCUCGUUAUAUGAAGAAUGCAGCUGAGAGACCAAUCCUGGGAAAGGCUAUCUGGUUCCAGUCCCACUUCUUCCUGAUGAUCCUUACUGUGAUUCUGACAAUAAUUGCAUUCAUCAUGAUAUUCGCUGAGGUUGCUGGCUGGAGCUAUGACACUGGAGCCCACCCAGUUCUUGGGUGCAUUGUGAUGAUCCUCUCUUUCUUCCAGCCCAUACUUGCAUUUUUCCGACCAGAUCCAAAGAGUGAUAAACGUUUCAUCUUCAAUUGGGGGCACAUGCUGAAUGCACUUGUGAUCAAGGUGUUGGCAGUGGCCACUAUCUUCCUCGGCCUGAAAUUAAUAGACACAACCUCCACUCUCUGGUUAUCCAAGGUGAUGGGAGGAUUUUAUGCAUGGGAGAUUUUGUUCUACAUCAUUCUGGAGACCAACAUGCGUUUGAAAGUAAAAGAAAUAUAUGAGAAUGAGAAAAAGGCUGAACCAUUAAUCCUUGGAGUUUACAUCUUUGGAAAUCUAGCUUUCCUGAUUGCUCUGCUGGUGGGCAUUGGAGGUUCUUAAAAUUUCUCUCUGGAUAUUUAAGACUUUGAAAUGAAUCCUCCCUCAUUAACUGUUGAUACUUGAUCUUAAAGGAGGAUGAACAUUUUUGAUGUGCCCAGGCACUGAGUAUAUUCACUGAGCAAGACGCAAGUAAAAUGUUUACAAUGAUGGAUUUCUGAGCACCAGUAUCAGACUUUGAAGUACCUAAAAUGUACAAUUUGCAUAAGCAUUUUUUAAUCACCUUGUUCUUGUAUUUCAAAAAAGAAACAUAUUUUUGUUUAUAUGCUACAAUUAUUCUAAUAUAUUGAUAUUUUUAUGAUUUUAUAAUCCUGAUAUUUUAUAGAAUUUCACUCUUCAUCCAUUUAGACAUGGAUACAUUAUUAAAUGUAUUUACACAAACAACAUUGUCUCUUUUUUUUAUUGGUUACAUUUAGUUGUUGGGGAUUUGUGUGGAAGCAUCAGUAAUGAGAAACCUAUGUAAUAA